GCGCGCAAUUGGCAUAGUACGCUACCAACAGAUUUCAGGUUUUUGCAAGAUAACCUCCAAAAUCUGUCCAUGGUAGUUUUAUGAUUGUUAUCGUCUUCUGAGAUCAAGCUUCAUAAUGCUUUCUUCUACGUUUAUGCAUAUGAAAAGCAUUCCGUUGCAUUUAAUCCGCCGGUGCCGAAGUUAUGGUAUCAAAAUAAGGAAUUUUGAUCCUCCCUAUUUGUCUGUUAAACCACCUAUUCAUGUGUAUCAAGGAGUACAAUUUGAUAUAAGCGGGCAUGAUUAUGCACAGUUAGAAAAAUUCACAUCGUAUAUGCACAAGUUUUUCAAUAAUCAUGGGUUUGAAGUUGAAAAUUUUCCACUGCCUCCUAAAAAGAAAGCUUACCGACUGUAUCAUACUAAUUCUACGAAGAUUCAAUCUGAAUUUGAAAUAUCGGAGUUCAGGAGAAUAUACAGAAUAUCUGGAUUGAAAGCCGUUCAUUUACCAAUAUUGUUGGAUCUUAUCUACCAGAACUUACCUGCAGGAAUUAAAAUUAGUGUUGGAAAGACAGAUAAAACAUUGGAUGAAGAUCGUUUUGUUCCUCAGUUGGAAAGAGAAGCAUUAGAGAAAGAGUUGUCAAAGCUCAAAUUUUAACAAUUUCAGUCUUGUUGUACAAAAAUACAAUUACUAAAGUUUGA